CUACGUGGCUAACUGGCUAGUUGGACUUGUGAGUUUAAUUCAUAAGAACUGCUCAUGUUUUCCAUUAGUCAGCGUUCGGACGCGGUCGUAUCGACAGCUGUUUGGGUUGUUGGGUUUCCAACGUCCUUUGAAUAGAUAUCUAGUUUUAAUAAAAAUGUAAGAAACGCCUGGCUGACAGCUCAUUAAUAUAACUAACUAGCUACCUAAGUGUGACCUGAGAAACGUGGGUCGUGCCCGGCCGUUAUUGUUGGAAAAUGUUAGAUGGGCGCCGCUACUGAGAGAGGUCCAGUUUGAAGCGGACAGUUCCGACGACGUAACUUGGACUUAACACAGUUGGCUAGUCCGCCGUCGUUUUUUCUGUUGGCUUAGUAAACUAAUAAGAUAAACUUAACUAUCUACGGCGGCUGAGCUGUUUUAUUAUAUGCCUUUUGGUUAAUUAGUCAGCAUAACGAUACUGUAGCGCGGCGAUCGCUAAAGCUAUGAUGCUAUUGGACUCUGACUACAACUAGCGUCCAGAUUGAGGCGUUAAAUGAUUUGGAUGAACUAUAGCUACAUAACCGUAUUAGUAACCCUUCUACCUUUUAGUAUGCUAUUGGUGCACCCCAUCGGUUGGUACUUUAGCUUGAUAGCAGAUGGGUUCUGUUUUUAAUGUAAUGUCAGUUUUCCUUGGCUAGAGAUUUUUGCAGUUUCCAUUACUACCUGGUGAAUCGUUAAGGGUCAAUAAACACUGUCAUCAUUUUCCAUGAAAGGUAGUAUAUAGUGUAAGUUUAUUGGAGGAAACCAUAUAAUGGUAUUUUGAAAGACAGGUGUAAAAAAUAUUUAGAUGUGCUUUGUUGCUGUGUGUGGUCCAUCUUAAAGGUAACGUCAUUUUGCACUUCCAGUGCAAGUUUUGAAGUGUGUGCAUAAUACGUGUGGCAGACAAUUCUCUGCCUCUCUGAUUUGCUUUGCAAAGUGUGGUGCCGAAGCUAACAUGUAUGAAGUCUCCCCCAUUGAGGAGUGACGUCAGUACCUUAUGUGUGCAGCUACCUCCCAAAAACGGGUGUGAAGAUGGUGGUACCUGAGAACGGAACUGCGGUCCAGCAAGCAGAUAAUGGUGAAUCGAGCAGUUUGGGGGAGACCCCGCAGGCUGGAUUUGGCACAGAGCAGGACACGGAUGGGAAGGAGCUUGAGGAGGUGCGCAAGCUUCAGGAACUGGUGCGAAGACUGGAGGUUCAAAAUCAGACACUGCGCAACAGAGGUGGCAGGGCUAACAGCAACUUAAGAGCAGCUAGCAAUAUUAAUGCCAGGACUGCCACUGAGGAGGUGACUACCUCCCCACUCGUUUUGGAAGACCAUGUCAAACUCGGCAGCAGAGACUUGGAGCCAUCACCUCGGCCGGACAGCAACAGUAGUAGCAACGACAGCAGUAGAGAUGUGUCCCCCCUCCCAGAUACCUGUAGGUUAGAGGAUGAGGAGGAAGGGGUACAUGAGGGGCACCUUUUGAGCUGUGGGUAUGUGGCCGUACCCUGCGGUAGAACGCCAGGAGGAACAUUGUGUCGAACUGUGGACUCUGUAGGCCCUGAGGCUCCUGGUGGGUCAGACACAGGAGCGAAUCUGUCUGCUCUAGAUGAGGUGGAGGUGCUCAACCUGGAGGAAUAUGAUGAGAUGGAAGAAGAAGACAGCUGGUUGUAUGUGUCUCCGAAGAAGCAGGUUUUGGCAGAGGAGAGGCCAGAGUCUCCUCUAAAAUGGUGUAGAAAGGUGUUGGAUCACCCCAGCCCAGAGACUGAAGUGGCCUGCCGCAUGCUUAUCAACCGCCUGGACCAAACCACCCGAUGGAGGAACAUAUAUAGCAGCCCCUCUCAGACUGUGGGGCCAGCCUCGGAGUCUGGCCCCGGCACUGCCUUACUGUCGCCUGGGUACCACAAAACAACUAACAAAACACUACUAACCUGUGGCAGCUCAGGUCAUAUGGGCAUGCACUCCGCCUUAAGCUCACAGUCAUCUAUAGACAGUGAGUUGAGCACCUCAGAUGAUUCCAUCUCCAUGGGAUACAAGCUGCAGGACUUGACCGAUGUUCAGAUUAUGGCUCGGCUGCAGGAAGAAAGCCUCAGGCAGGAUUACGCCUCCAGCUCGGCCUCAGUGUCACGCCGCAGCUCCAGUGCUUCCCUGCAGUCCUUGCGCCGGGGCACGUACAGCGACCAGGAGUUUGAUUCCUACAGCCUGGAGGAUGAGGAAGAUGGCUGCUUCUCCCUGCCCCAACGCCUACAUCGCUACUCCCCCUCCCCGCUGAGCUCGCCCCGCUGCCAGUCUCCCAACACCCUGGCAGAGUAUAGCCGCCUGAGUGCCCAGCGUACCCGCACCCCUCGGCGCUCCUUACAGGGCCCCGGCUCCGAGCUUCUCGCCUUUGCUCAAACCGAGGAUGAGUUAAGGCACAGCAUGCCCAACCUGGCACCACGCACCAGCCUCCGCUCUCUCGAGGCAGUGAGGAAUAGCCGUAGCAUGGAAGCCAACCUGCAGAGUCCAGGCAACCGGAUGUCCCGCCUGCCCCACUCCUCCAGUAUAGGUGUGUCUUCCACAAGGCUACGUAGCAAUGGUCAGUCUCCCCUGUCUCUCCGCACCCCUGUGAAAGCUUUGAGCCCAGUAGGCACAAUGACAGGAGUGCGGCAACCACAGAGGACUCACACCAUGACUCAGGAGGGACCCUUGGCCGGCACGCACAGGGGCCAGUCAGCAGGCCCUUCCAGUUGCGGAGCUUCGUCAGCCGCUCGGCUUACUACUGUGACAAAUAGAAGUGCACCAGGCCGGGCACGUAGCUCACUGGGAGGGCCUGCGGCUGCAUCUCGAGGAAGACUCGCCCAACCCAGCAGGAGGUCUCUAGGGUUGACAAAAUCGUGCAGACCUGUCGCCGAUGAGUCAUGGAAGGAUGGCUGUUACUGAGCCCUAAGAAUUCCUGUCAAUCCGUUUGUCACAACACCAACUUACUGCCUCCCAACAGCAGAUCCCCAGCAGGCUGGGAAACUGGCUGCUCCACACUUCAUGAAGGACAAGUCAUGGAAUUAACAUGGCCAGAACAGACUCUUUGGAAGAGUCAUUCAGUGAUGCAGAGACUAGAGACUGACAAAAUGGCCGCCAGAUUGCAUCGUUCUGACAUGUUGGAGUGAUUGUUAAAGUUGAAGUAGUGCAAGUUGUGACGUUUAGGUUGUUUUUAAUUCUAUGUUUUUCAUAGGCUAUCAAAAUAAUAUACAUUUACCAUGAUGAUUUAUGUAAAUUUUGUUUGCAUACAAUGUUCUAAUCAUAAAUGGACAUAUAUCUUUAUGGCAUUGUAAGAAUAUUGCAUCUCGCCCUUUUUGGGUUUUCAGAAAUGAAGGAAAAUGUGGGGGGGGGGUCUUUUACCAUGGCUAUCUGUGUUUUCCGACAGUACAAUAUCUUGUAAACUAAUUUCAACUGAUUUUUUUAAUGAUGAUGCUGACAUUUACUUCAUAAAUCUGCAUUAAGUUAUAACAGUGCAAAAGCCUGGUUCUGGUACUUAAAACACCUGUUUAGUGCUUCAUGGUUUGGUAUUAAAUGUGUUGGUUUUUGAUAUAGCAAUAAUCACAUUACAGCAAUUUGAAGAUGCACAAAAUGUAAGCUCAAAUGGCAACUGACAAUUAAAACUUACUGUAAAUGCAGUUUUU